UCAAUUUGCCGAUUUUACAACAGUGAGGUGUAAAAGUAAAAUAAAGAAGAAGAAGAAGAACAGAGUGAAGUAACUGCAUUGUGGUGAAGACUUGGACAGGAUAAUCAAUAAAACGAAAGUUUUAUAAAUUACGAUUAGCUUUGUUUUACAACUGCAAAAUAAAAGGUUACCCACAUAAGUCAUUUUAGUUUUAAUAAAAAAAACAGAAAUUAUGGGCUCUGCUGGACUUGAUCUCUGCAGGAAAAUUGUGACAAGAUUCCCCAAAACUAUGUGUUUCAGUUUUGCCUACGGAUCUGGUGUAAAAUCACAAAUUGGAUAUGAAAAGAAGCACCUCAGAGACAAUAUUGUUGAUUUGGUGCUUUGCGUUGAAGAUGAUAAAAUGAUGGAAUGGCAUCGGAAGAACAUUGAAAAAAAUCCUCAUGAUUAUUCUGGACUUGGCAUAUUUGGAGCAUGGGCUAUAACCAAAUAUCAAAUAUCGAUUCCCGCAAAUGUGUAUUGCAAUACACUGAUCCCUGUGAAGGACGAGAAUGUCACGAUAAAGUACAGUGUCACCCGGAAGUCUGAUUUGAUAGAAGAUGCCACACAAUGGACCUAUUUGUACCUAUCUGGUCGUCUGCAUAAGCCCGUCCAAUUCAUACAAGAGCCCGAUGAGACAUUAAAGAAGGCCCUUGAUAAAAAUCUAGAAACUGCCCUUACAGUAGCUCUCCUCUUGCUCCCGGAAAAAUUUUCAAAUUUAGAAUUAUUCUAUACGAUCGCUGAAUUGAGUUACUCUGGAGAUUUUAGAAUGAUUUUUGGGGAAAAUCCCAAUAAAGUUAAUAAUAUUGUGAAACCACAGUUGGAAUCCUUCUUCAGGUUAUAUAAGCCUUUAAUUGAACAGAGGCGACUUACACUGCAAUAUCCACACGAUUUCGGUGGUCAAUAUAUUCAGGAGAAAUCCCGGGAAAUUGUAUUUGAGCAAUUAAAAUCAAUUCCUUUCAUUUAUCCAGUUGAUAAUCUUACCAAUGAAUUAAAAGAUUAUAGAGUACAGUUAAGACACAUUCUUCGCAUGAGAGUUUUUCGUUCCAGUGCUCUUCAGUCAAUCAAAAAUAUUCCCACUGCUGGAUUUAUCAAGUCCCUAAAAUAUAGUUAUGCAAAAGCACUAAAGACUUUUAAAAAAUAGAAUUACCCCUAAUUAUGGAUGACGAUGAUAUGACUUUUGGUCCAGCAUUACCUCCUCAUUUGCUCCAAUCUUCAUCAAAUAAUACUUCAGGAGGGAGCAAAAUAAUUGGUCCCUGUAUGCCAACAAACUUUAAACCAGCCCUAGUAGAUGUAGAGAGUAGUGAAAAUUCCUCAGACGACGAAGAAAAAGAUAUCGCGGAUGUUGGACCUUUACCUCCAGGACAAGAACCUAAAUCCCAGGCACAAUUGGAACUGGAAGAACGUGCUCUGGAAAUUAGGUUGAGUGGAAUGGAAGGAAGUAAAGAAAGCUCCAAACAGAAUUUUAAAACUCGGGAAGAGUGGAUGACUGAACUUCCAGAAGUUCGCAAAGUUGGAGAUUUGGGAUUAAGACCAAGACAAUUUAGACAAACGGAAGGACCUGAUUUUUCCCAUAGAUCUUCAUGGACGGACACUCCGCAGUCUAGGUUGGAGAAGGAAAAAUCUAAAGGGAAAAAUGAUGCUUCCGAUAGAACUACAUUCGAACAAAAAUUAUUAAAAGAACGUGACAAGGCAAUGGAAAAACUUAAGAAAAAGUAUGACAAGGAACACAAAAGAGAUAAAUCUUUACUUGAAAUUCAUCAAGAUAAAUUAAAAAAGAAGAAAAAGAAAGACAAAAAAAAAGAGAGGCGUCCCUUUAGCCGGGAAGUGGAUCUUGCUGUAAAUAAAUUUGAUGAAACUAGAAAGAAUGCAGCAAUUAAGAAAUCACAGCUCCUAGAUACUAGAUUUUCAGCUGGAUCAAGUAAAUUUCUCUAAUGCAUUUCAUUUGUAUCAUUCAAUAUUGAAAUUACUAAAAAAUAAUACAAAAUCUAAA